AUGAAGUGUCUCAUUGUCGUUUUGGUCUGUGCAGUGCUCGCUGAGGGACUCGUCAGGGUCCCUCUGAUAAAGCACAAGUCUAUGCGUGAGGCCUUGAGAGAGAAAGGGAUCGAGUUGCCUUAUCAAGACCCCGCUCUCAAGUACCAGCCAGCUGAUCUUGCUAGCUCAUCCUCCAUGUACAUCAACAACUACGCUGAUACCACCUACUAUGGAGCCAUCAGCAUUGGAACACCCCCUCAGUCCUUCCAGGUGCUGUUUGACACUGGCUCUUCCAACCUGUGGGUGGACUCCGUCUAUUGUAACACUCAGGCCUGCAACACACACAAAAAGUUCAACCCCCAGCAGUCCUCCACCUACAGCGCCAAUGGCCGGUCUUUCUAUCUGCCCUAUGGAGCUGGAAGCCUCAAUGGAGUCUUUGCAUAUGACACCGUCACUGUGGGCAGCAUUCAGAUCACUAACCAAGAGAUUGGUCUGAGCACAAAUGAGCCUGGUCAGAACUUUGUCGUGGCCAAGUUUGACGGUAUCCUUGGCCUGGCCUACCCAGCCAUCUCUGCUGGAGGAGAGACCCCCGUCAUGGACAACAUGAUUUCUCAACACCUGCUGGGCUACAACAUUUUCUCUUUCUACCUUUCCAGGGGAGGACAAGAGGGCAGUGUGCUGUCUUUUGGAGGAGUGGACACCAACUUGUACCAGGGCCAGAUCUACUGGACACCUGUCACCUCUGAGACCUACUGGCAGAUUGGCGUUCAAGGCUUCCAGAUCAAUGGUCAACAGAACGGCUGGUGCUCACAGGGCUGCCAGGCCGUUGUGGACACUGGAACCUCCAUGCUGACAGCCCCAAGCCAGUACAUGAGUUCCAUCAUGCAAGCCAUUGGAGCCCAACAGAGCCAGUAUGGAAUGUACACCGUGGACUGCAGCCAGAUUGGUAACUUGCCAACUCUCAGCUUUGUCAUCAGCGGCGUUUCCUUCCCUCUGCCACCUUCUGCUUACAUCAUUCAGAACGGAUACCAGUCCUGUUCUGUGGGAAUCACCCCCACCUAUCUGCCCUCUCAAAACGGCCAGCCUAUGUGGAUCUUUGGAGACGUGUUCCUCAGAGAGUACUACUCCGUCUACGACCGCACCUACAACCGUGUUGGCUUUGCCACAGCUGUCUAA